AUGCGGGAGACGGUAUGGCUCGCGCUCAGGCCCCGCGACCUGGCGGCGGCGCUCGAACUCGGCUACUCCUGCGGCAAUCUGCACUGGCGGGUGCGGUUCGAGGGCGCGGUCCUCAAGGUUGCGCUGGACGGCCCGCGCGAGACCUACCUCGCGCGGCUUGCCCAGCAUUUGGCCGACGGCCGGGCGCGCAUCAUCGAGGAGCAGGGCGAGCAGUGA